AUGGAAGACCAAAAGGUUCAAGGAUUUGUUGAGGAGGCACCAGCAAAACCUGAGAACAGAGAGAGUUACAUACCCCACAAGGAAGUGGUGAGAGAGGCAGCGACAUCUACCAAACUGCGUGUAGUAUAUAACGCAUCAGCGAAAGCAACCCCAGAGAGUCCUUCACUUAACACACUCAGUGGCCUUGGCAGGUGACAUUAAACAGGCUUUUCCGCAGAUACGCAUCGAAGAGACAGAGAGAGAUGCUCUUCUGUUUCAUUGGAGACGAAAAAAUGACGAAAUCCAGAUCCUACGGUCUACUAGGGCGCUGUUUGGACUAGCACCAUCACCAUUUCUUCUCGGUGGCGUCCUGGAAGCACACCUGGAUAUGUGGAAAGAGAAACGACCCAACGAUGUUGAAGAGAUUAGACGCAGUUUGUACGUCGACGAGAUUCUCAACGAUGGCAAGCACAAGAUCGAAAGGAAGCUACCAUAA